GCCUGCCGCCGUGCCACUCAAGUACUACUAGUAGGACGGGCGCGAUUGCACAGGCCCCAGAGGUCUGCAGAUCUGAUCAGAGACCAUAUCAGCUCGACCGAAUGAUUCUGGUUCAAUGGAACCUCAAUCAAACCUACAUGUCGACUGCUGCCUACAUUUCAUCAGUCACCCGGGCCCACGCUCCCAAUAAAGCUCCAUGACAUGCGGCAGCCUGCCUUUUGAUUACUGGUCAGUGCAACUUCUGGGCCUGAAGGACCUCAUGAACAUGAUGCACGAGAUUCAUGUGACUUGCUGAAGUACUUGUGUCAAAUAACGUGAAGCGGUGCACCACUAAUAGAUCCUCCAUGAAGAUCAGGCGUGCCAACUGCAUGCCAUAUCCGCGAGUCACAACACGAAGGGUAUAUCUUCUCUCGUCUGAUUUACCAUCUACAAUCGCUUUUGAUCGCUCUAUUCCAGAAACUUAUCCAUGUCUCAAUUCCUGGGGGCUGCGCCUCUUUCUGUCGAGGUUUCCUCGUUCCGCGCUCCUUUUGAUGCCACGGAUGCAGAUUUGAUCAUUCACACCUCGGACGAUGCAAAAUUUGCUGUCCACAAAAUCUUCCUCGCUGUUGCGUCUCCACUUUUGAAACGUUUUCUGUUGUCAGGGUCAUCCUCUCCAUGUCCGCCGUUUGAAGGGCUCGUCCUUAAGUGCGAUGGCGAUCAUGCCAUCAUCAAACUCGAAGAAGACGCUCAGACAACUGAGAGGGUGCUGCAAUAUUGCUACCCCUUCUCCAAUCCCGUAUUUAGCAAUCUAAACGAUGUGCAGGCCGUCUUGGAGAUGAUGAGAAAGUUCGGGAUGAAGGGGUUGAUGAACAGAGUCAAGGGCUCGCUUGUACAGCAAGCGUUUUUAGAUGAUCAGCCGCUGCGCGUAUUUGCCAUCGCAUACCGUUAUGGUUUGGAGGAUGAAGCCCGUAUAGCUGCGAAGUACACAGUCCGCCAACCCUUCUUCACUCCCUACGUCGAAGAACUAGAACACAUCCCUGCCUCUGUCUAUCAUCGCCUCCUCCAGUACCAUCGAAAGUGUAGUGUUGCUGCAUGCUCGCUUACAGCCGACUUUUCGUGGUUUCCCGGCUUCGCAUCACGCUGGGUAUGGUUCCAAUGUGAUGACUGUGUUCAUCAUCCCCUAUCGUGGCCUCUUUCUGAUGGGAAAAUAUACGAAGUAAAUGCAUGGUUCAUCGAGUUUAUGGAACGCGCCAGGAAUGCUCUUCGUGAGCGCCCUUGUAGCAAGGUCGUCACAGAUCCAUUCUUGAUUGCGGAAUGCCUGGAAGCAGCGUCUGGCUGCCUUACGUGUCGACCAGCUGCCUUCCUAGAUCUCAGCGUGUUUAUCGGGGAACACUUCACUUCGGAGAUUGAGAGGGCGAUUGAUACUGUGGAGCUUGAUAUCCCAUUCUAGCUAAAAAAUCUAUGGUUUAUUUCAAGUAGAGAACACCGCGUUGUAUUCGAACUGUUUCAGAAUGCUACCUAUCUGAGAAUUCUCAAUCAUCCUCCAAAGCAAACCUCCUCGUGUUGACUGGUCGGUUCUUUGCAGCACUUAAAUACCACUGACUUCUGCCUAUCGAGCCCCCCAGUACGAG